AUGCUCGGUCGCUCCCUGCCUUUGCCUCCGCCUCCGUCUCCGCGUGCGCUCCCCAUCCCCAUCCCCUGCCUCCCCCGCCCCCGGACGUGCUCUGCUUCUCCAGAUCCGCCGCCGACGCUGCUGCUGCCGCCGCGUCCUGAGAAAAUGGCGAUGAUGGUGGAUCCACCGAACGGCAUGGGAAACCACGGGAAGCACUACUACACCAUGUGGCAGACCAUGUUCGAGAUUGACACCAAGUACGUGCCGAUCAAGCCCAUCGGAAGAGGAGCCUACGGGAUAGUUUGCUCCUCGAUCAACCAGGAGACCAACGAGAAGGUCGCCAUCAAGAAGAUAAACAACGUCUUUGACAACCGCGUGGAUGCGCUGAGGACGCUGCGCGAGCUGAAGCUCCUUCGGCACCUGCGCCAUGAGAAUGUCAUUGCCUUGAAGGAUAUAAUGAUGCCGAUACAUAGGAGGAGCUUCAAGGAUGUCUACUUGGUCUCCGAGCUCAUGGACACGGAUCUGCAUCAGAUUGUCAAGUCGUCUCAGCCGCUGUCCAAUGACCACUGUCAGUAUUUCCUUUUUCAGCUGCUCCGAGGACUGAAGUACCUUCAUUCAGCAGGGAUACUCCAUAGAGACCUGAAGCCUGGGAACCUUCUGGUCAAUGCAAACUGUGACCUGAAGAUCUGUGACUUUGGUCUGGCUCGCACAAAUAACACUAAAGGUCAGUUUAUGACUGAAUACGUUGUCACCCGCUGGUACAGAGCUCCCGAGCUGCUGCUCUGCUGCGACAACUAUGGCACCUCCAUAGAUGUCUGGUCUGUUGGCUGCAUCUUUGCUGAGCUACUUGGCCGCAAGCCGAUCUUUCCAGGAACCGAGUGCCUUAAUCAGCUUAAGCUCAUAGUCAAUGUUCUUGGCACCAUGAGCGAGGCUGACCUCGCGUUCAUUGACAACCCGAAAGCGCGCAACUACAUUAAAUCCCUUCCAUACACCCCAGGGAUUCCCCUCAGUAGCAUGUACCCGCAAGCGCACCCUCUUGCCAUUGACCUGUUGCAGAAGAUGCUUGUCUUUGACCCUUCCAAAAGGAUCAGUGUCACCCAGGCUCUGGAGCACCCCUACAUGUCCCCGCUGUAUGAUCCCAGCGCAAACCCUCCUGCGCAGGUGCCCAUCGAUCUCGACAUAGAUGAAAACAUUGGCACAGAUAUGAUCCGAGAAAUGUUGUGGCAGGAGAUGCUCCAGUACCACCCCGAGGCCGCCAGGAUGGUGAAUAUGUGA